UCUGCUCGUCAAAUCGGACAGUCAGAUUCUAUUUUGCGAUCUAUUUUUUUGUAUUAUAAACCUUAUUUUUAACUUAAAUAUUAUAUUUUGUGUAGUCAAAUCGAUACCCAACAAAGUUUAUUAUCCGUAGCGUUAAGUACACUCAGUGAACGUAGCAUUAAUGAUAAAUAAUGUGAUUAUUAUUUAUGUUUGUGUAUAAUUAAAAGAAUUAUCUGAUUUCAAUAUAACGAAUAACAUAUUUAACUAUGGGUGCCGAAAAUAAUAUAAUAAGUCUCACAUUUGUAUAUCUGCUUGCUCAAAAUUUCAGAAGAUCUAAACAGUAACUACAAAAUUUAAAUUAUAGUAAUUUUUCAAUAAUAUUUCGUUAAAAUGGAUAUUUCAAGUGUAUGUAGAAUAUGUUUGGUAAAUAAUGUACGAAUGCACGCGUUAGACAAUGAGCAACUACAGGAAACAUAUGAAAGACUUACCAAUAUACCGUUUGACACGAAAGGACGAUCACGACUCGCCUGUUGCUUCUGCUUUGCACAUCUGAAGAAAUGCUAUCAGUUUAAACUAAAAUGUCUGCGUUCUGAGGAGACACUUUUGAACUCUAUUAAUAUAGACUUUGAGAUUAAUACAAGCAAUGACAAACAAACAUUCAGCCUAACACCAAUACAACAUAUAGAUAUUACAGAUUCAAGCAAAGAGGAUUCAUUAAAAGAUUAUUCUGAAUUAAAGAGUGAAAAACAUGAUUUAAUUUAUACAAAUGGUGUUACAUUAAAAGAAGAAUGUGAUGAUGAAAUCACCAUAGAAGAUCCCAUUAUAUCAGACACAGAAAAUGUCAAACAGAGUGAUUCAGAAGAUGAUAUACCUCUCACGAAAUUCAAGAGUGAGGCAGAACAGACUAAGAAGAAGAGAGUUAGAGGCAGAAAAGAGAAGAAGAAUAAAGAAGACAACGAGACAACAACACCAGUUAUUCUACUUACCAAGGACCAACAGCGGGCCAACCUCCUCGCUAAGGCCAAAUCUGUGAACUAUACAUUGUCUCCGUACAAAUGCGAGCAGUGUUAUAAAGGCUUCGUCGAUGUAAGGGCGUAUGACAAUCAUAAGAUGAAGCAUGAUGUGCGCAGCGGCCCCUAUGCAUGCGACAUAUGCGGGCUGCGCUACCGCACGCCGCGCCAUCUGCGCACGCAUACCAUCAACGCGCACGCACGCAUGUACAAGUGCGACAAGUGCGGGCAUGUCGCUCAUACUGCGAACCAAGCAAAAGUUCAUGAGAAAUGGCACAACGGGCACACAUAUGAAUGUCAGCUGUGCAGCCAUAAGUUUAGGAAACCAACCUCAUAUUUCUCUCACAUGAGGAAACAUCAUCCCACUGAACACAUAUGUAACUUUUGCGGGGAAAACUUUGUGGGGAAACACGGACUUCUCAUGCACAAGAGUAAAACACAUCGGGAUGAGAAAGUUGAAAACUCGAAAACGGCAGAGUAUGAGAAAUACUGCAGUGACUGUAAUAUACAAUUUUAUUCACAAGAAGCUUGGAACAGACAUAUUUUGAGUUCUAUCAAUCAUAAACUGAAAAGUGAAAAUAAUACGCAAUGCAUGAUAUGCAAUUGGCGUUAUACAGGGAAUGUUACUCUGGCAACACAUAUGGCUGAACACGAGCGGAGUCUGCGUCAGACGAGACGACCGACCCUCGUAGAUAAGCAUUUGAGAUGUCAGCAGUGCGGUGCUAACUUCGCAGUGAGAUCAAAACUGCAAGCUCAUAUAAAUAGAACGCACCUCGGACUGAAAUAUAAUAAAAAUAUCGUUUGUGAAGUCUGUGGUAAGAAAUGUACGUCAAACGCAAGCCUAAAAUAUCACCAGCGCACUCACACCGGUGAGAAACCGUAUUCCUGUCUCACUUGCUCCAAGCACUUCUCCGAUAGCAACCAGCUGAAGAUCCACACUCGGAUACACACGGGGGAGAAGCCCUAUGUGUGUGCAGCCUGUGGGAAGAGGUUCUGUCAGAAACCGGCGCUGAAUAGGCAUUAUAGGGUUCACACUGGUGCUAAACCGUAUACUUGCCAAUACUGUUCAAGAGCUUUCAGUCAAUCGAACUCGUUAAAACUGCACGUCAGGACCGUGCAUCUGAAACAGCCGGCAAACAGCCGCAAGAAAACGCAAGUUGUUGUCGACAAGAAUAUUGAGAAAAGUACUCAGGAUGUGCUAACUGUGUAAAUCUAUACUAAUAUUAUAAAGAGGAAAGAUUUGUAUGUAUGUUUGUAAUGAAUAAACUCAAAAACUACUGGA